UCUGGGCCAUUCUGACAUCAGGAGCUGUCGCUGUCCCCGUGGGCAUUCUGCACCCAACCGCACACCUGGGAUCAGGAGCCAUGGAGAUGCAGAUAGACCCCAGCACGGCCGCGGCCAUGGCCAUCCAGGCGUGGUGGCGCGGGCAGCUGGUGCGGAGGGCACUGCUGGUGGCGGCCAGCAGCGCGCGGCGCAUCCAGAACUGGUGGCGGCGGGUGGGCAGCCAGCGGAGGGAGCAGCAGCGCCUGUGGGUGCUGGCCGAGUACGUCAGGCUGGAGCGGGCCAGUGUCCUGCUGCAGUCUCAGGCCCGGGCGUGGGUGAUGCGGACGGAGUACAAGCGCUGCCGGGAGGCCGCCCGCACCAUCCAGACCUGCUGGCGGGCGUACGUGCAGCGCCGGGCCAGCAACUGCACCAAGGACGUGGAUCUGCACAUCGACAUCGUCCUGGGCGUUCCGGGUGACUGUGGAGCCCAGAGUGAAUAAAGUGGGAUCCCCACGGAGGGAUGGCCGCCUGCGUGGAUGCUGA